AUGGAAAAGAUGCAAAUAAUUCAAGAAAUUUAUUUUCUUCUUAAUGUUUGUCCACAUACGGAAUAUCCUAAUGUCGAAUGUGUUAAUCGUAUGGCUAUUGGAUUAUUUCUACAAGCUAUUUUAAACAAAAUUAAUAAAGAUCUUCGUUUAUUAUGUAUUUAUGUUUCAAAAGCAGAUGAUAAUAUGAUUAAAAGAUUAAACAAAAUGAUUGAUAAUGAAAAACUUUUAUCAAAUUAUACAAUUCAUCAUGAGCUUGAUAAUAUCUAUUUACAAUGGAAAUGA